AUGGACGAUCCAUUAACAAGAAUACUUGAUAUGGCCGGAGCAUCAACAACAGACAAAGAUGAGUGCUAUCUUUUUGUUCUUGGUGAAAGAGGAACAGGAAAAUCCACUUUUAUUCGGUCACUUUCAAAAGAGAAUGAUAUUAAAGUUUCACCUCCAACAUAUGGUUAUUCAUAUACAGUUAUGACAUUCCAAAGUGUAGUAUCGGUUCAUAUUUUCGAGUUUAAUAAUGUUAUUUCAAAUUUAUCUUUAUUGAAAUCGCUAUUAAAGAAAACCCCAGAAAAAUCUUGCAUAAUUUUUGUAUGCAGACCUAAUAGUCCAUCAUCAAUUAAUAAAAUGAAACAAGAAUUCAUCAAUCCUGUACUAAACGAAUGCUUAUCAGAAUAUAAUAACUCAGAUAUGCAAAAGAAACUCGAACAGUACUAUUCUACUAUAAUUGCGACCGAAAAUUCUCAACAGAAAAAUAUCAAUAUCAGUACAUCAACUUUUUUACCAUUUAUUAUUGCAGCAAUAGCAGAUCCAUCAUCAACAGACAAGCAAUUUAAUAGUUAUUCAUAUAUCAUCAGAAAAGCCGCUCUAAAUUUCGGUUCAGGGGUUAUUUUAUCGACAGAGCCAGAUAUUUUUACAAUAAUAUCUUCUAUUGCUUUGAGAAGACAACUUCCUAUUGAUUUAAUUCAGAAUCAAAAAGGAAUAAUUUUACCAGGUUCUGAUUCAAACGAAGAAAUAGAGAAAAUAGAACACGAAGACAUAAUUGAGAAAGUAAAUUCUCCAAAGAAGGUGGAAGAAAAAGUUGUUCCAAAUUGGCAAACUUUUCUUCAAAAUCUCUCUGAUGUCAAAGUGCAAACACCUCAAAAACAGGCAGAAGAACCAGAUUUCCUUGCACAAUUCGAAGAUUCUUAA